GCAGCAGCAGCAGCAACAACAGCAGCAACAGCAACCAGAAAAGGCACCGAGUGCCAUUCCACCGUUCCUGCAACAGCACAACCGCCAAUCGUCGUUGGGUGUGCUGAAUCUGACUUCGGCGCUCAAGGCACCCUCCCCACCGACGAAUAUUGCUCACCCAGAACAAUCCCAUCAUCCUGUGCAACUCCCAUCGGCUGCCGCUGUUUCCCAUGGGCUCAGCGCUGUGGAGCCUGUCACAGCUGCGCAUGCUGCUGCCACUGCUGCCACUUCUGCUACGGCCGCUGCUGUGCCACCAGCAACAACCGCCCCGGUUGACUCGACACCCCAUGUUCGGUUCGAUCCCUCCAUUCCUGUAACUCCUGCGGCGCCUCCGGUGCUGGAAUCUCCAUUCACAUCAACCUCGACACCCUCAAGCGGUCAUGUCAACAUUGUGAUUGGUCCUGCAGCAGGCGGCGCGGCGGCCGCAGACGUCUCCAGUUUCCGUCUGCCGCCUCCGCCGACAGAACGACUGGCCCUUCCGGCGUCCACGGAUCGGCGCCAGCGCACGGGCCAUGCUCGGUCGACUUCACUGGAUACAGCAUCCGCGAUUGCGAUUGUAGAACCGACCGCUGCACCCAGCGCUAGCGCAGCAGCUGGCACGCCCUCACGACUGCCACCACCAGUGGUUCCUCCCAGGACCAACCGCGCAUCUCGGGGCUCCUACUCCGGCGAGAUGGACUUGUCCCUUGUGCUGGCCGCAGGCGCCUCGCCUGCGCUGACCUUGACUGCGCCCGGCUCACCCCGCGUCGUUCGGCCUCCUGCUGCCAACUUGCCAUCUGUUGUUGGAUCCAACCGCAACAGUAAGUCUUCUGACAUUUCCGACCACUCUGCCACGAGUGAGAAUGAAGAUGCUGCCGCUGCUCCCGCGCCUGCUCCAGCUCCAGCUCCAGCUCCAGCUCCAGCUCCAGCUCCAGCUCCAGCUCCAGCUUUGGACGCCGCUCUCUCCGUCCCAAAACCAGGCGGACGCAAACCACCGCCCCCGCUCGAGCGAGCACGAUGAAACCGCGCCCGUCUCAGGGCCUGGAAGCAUGGAUGUUCGGACGCGAAGGCGCAAUUCUAUUGGCAGCAACGUGACGGACCGGGAUGCCGACUUGGACGACGUCGAGCGUGCGGAGGGUGGGCGUGUUCUUAGCGCCGAUCACAGUCGCGACGCUUCGGACGACGACGACGACGACGACGACGACGACGACAAGGCUGGCGAGCCCAACAGCGGGCAGGCAACUGCCGGCCAGCUUCGCAAGCAAGCCAUACUUUCCUCUGCCGCUCGCUCGCCUGCUGGUGGCACUUUCAACUCUCGCCCGAUGAAGCCGGCGAAUGACGAUGAAGACGAUGUCAGCCUGGACGAAAGUCUUCCGCCGCAGCCUCCGCCACGACAGGGAAGCGACAUUCGCGGUGCCGCCGAGGACCCCAUCGCUCGCUUUGAUUCGGUCUCUAGUCUGUCUAGCAGUGUUGUUGAUGACGCGCCACCGCAGCCACCACCUCGCUCGCGCUCUGUCGGCGAUGCUGCAGCGGGUGCUCCCCAACUUUCGCGGCUUCGCUUAACGACCGAAGUCCUGAAAGACUUUGGGCCCCAGUCACCCAAGCUGGACCAUCCCAACAAGACGCGCCCGCGCAGGCCGUCGGCCAAGCUCCCGCGUCGCGUUUCGUGGACAAACUUCCAGAUGAGCGGUCCUGCACGUGACGUGGACGGAGAUACGCUCAGCAUGAGCGACUUUGAUGAUGACGUGCAAGGUGAUGGAGAAGAUGACGGCGAUGGCGAUGAUGCCGGUGCCGAGGAUGCCGCCCCAGCCAACAACCGCCGGUUGAAGGCAGCGAUGACGUUUGCCGAGACGGCAGCUGCCAACACACCGGCAGCAGCAGCACUGCUCGUGUCGCCGGCGGGUCAGGGGCAUGCGUCCGCAGCGCAUCCGUCCGGUGCUCGGCCAAAGGCCUUCCCGGCCGUCACAUCGCGCCCCGUUCAGCCCGAGCGUACUGUGCGCGUGCUUUGGGAAGACGAGACGUUCAAAACGUUUGAUAUUUCACCCGAGGCCACUGCUGGCGAGCUCGUUCGCGCCGCUCUUGGGCGCAAUCGACGUGAAGCGAGUCGCUGGACCGACUACAAGUUGGUUCUGAAGCUCAAAGAUGGAGGUCGAAAGCCGUUGAAGAAUCAUGACGUGGCCAUUCCGACAGACAUUGCUUCGUUUGAGGUGCCAGACUUUUUGUGCAAGCGCGUCACAAAGGCCGAAGAUGAUAAGAUUUCAGACCGCGAAAAGCAAAAGCAAAUGAAGGAAGUGCGGGUUGCCAUCAAAAAGCUCAAGCUCCGAAACGACGCCAUCACCAAGCUCAAUUUGGAGCUCCAAACGGAACUCAAGAAGGAGAAGGAGGUCCGUCUCUUGCUCGAGCAAGAGCUCUCCAAGUACAAGUCAACUGGUGCGACCGUUUCCAGCUCUCGAUUGUGA